AUUUCUAUGUUUUCUCCACCAUUAAUGGAAACCUCAAACCCGAACUUCUUCUUCUCUCUAACACAAAUUCUUCUCUUCUCUCUCAUCAGCUCCUCCUCCCUUGCAGCUUUCACUCCUCAAGACAAUUUCCUCAUCAACUGUGGAUCCAACGCAGACACUUCCAUAGAUGACAGGCUCUUUCUCGCCGAUUCAACAAAACCGGGAUCCAAUUUUCUAUCUCCUUCACCUGAAAAAUCUCUCUCUCUCAAAAACCAAAACCCACCUCUGGGUAGUGGUGCUACUUCCCUUCUCUACCUUACAGCUAGAGUUUUCACUUCUGUUUCCAGCUUUACUUUUCCUGUCCAUAGAGUUGGGUCACUCUACAUUCUACGUCUCCACUUCUCCCCCUUUGUUUCUUCAAAUUUCAACCUCAGUUCUGCUCAUUUUGAGGUCUUCGUAAAUGGCUUCAAGCUCUUGAACAAUUUCAGCACUAAGGCUUUUGUUUUGAAGGAAUACAUAGUAAAAAUAGACAAGAAUUUUGUCCAAAUCUUGUUCUCACCAGCCAGCGACGAACCGAGGCCAAGUUUCGCAUUUGUGAAUGCUGUGGAAAUGUUCUCUGCUCCCGACAAUCUUUUCACUGAUGAGGGGCUGAGGUUGGUUGGCCCUGCAGACGGAGCACCACUAGAGAAUAACAGUAAGGUUUUCGAGACUAUUCAUAGGGUGAAUGUUGGUGGAUCAAAAAUAACCCCUCGCAAUGACACUCUUUGGAGGACUUGGGUCCCUGAUGAGAAUUUUCUUGUCUUGAAAUCAUCAGCAAAAAAUGCCACCAUCUCUCAUUCACCCAACUAUUGGGAAGGAGGACCCAGUAAAGAGAUCGCCCCUGACUACGUAUACAUGACUGCGCAACAAAUGAACAAGCCUAUUUUGAUGGAUCCAUGGUUCAACAUUUCAUGGGAAUUUCCCGUGGGUUCCGACAACAACGCCAACUGUCGUCGCCUUGUCCGGCUGCAUUUUUGCGACAUAGUAAGCCCGACACUCGGUGUGCUUGUGUUUGAUGUUUUCAUCAAUGGAUUUUUGGCAUACAAAGAUCUAGACUUGUACUUGCUUACAGGGACAAUAAUGCUUGCUUCACCAUACUACGUGGACUUUGUUGUGGGUUCUAGCUGUAAGUAAGGGGUUAUGAGGGUUAGCGUUGGCCCUUCUCUCUCGACUCUGGGCAAGCCUAAUCGGAGGAAUGCUAUUUUGAAUGGGGUGGAGAUCAUGAAUAUGGUGGCGAUUGAGAAUUCAAAAGGUAGUGUUGUGAUUGCCCAAAAAAAUUGGGUUGUGGUGGUUAUAUCGACAAUUUUGUUGAUGAUGCACUUACAUGAUCUUUUUGUUUUUUUUGACUUUAUUUACUCAAUGAAUUGCUAAAAGAGGUGAUCUA